GCACUGGGGAAAGCUUCCAACACACAAUCCACAACACAGCUUGGGAACUCAAAAGCUACAGAUCCAGCCACUCAACCCCAAGCAUUUCAGAAUCGUGUGCAUUCUCCCAGCACAAGCAAGGAAAGGGGGAAAAGAGCUAGUGCAGAGCACUGAGAGGCAGAAUUUGAGUGCAACUACCUGCUGGAAAAGGAGCUCUUUUUCCUCGCCAAAGCACUGCCUUUGAUGACGUAAAAGCAUUUAAUACAGAAGUUCUGGCGGUGUGAAAUUAAGCUGCAGAAACUCUGGCACUGGAAAACUUCAUCAGAUAACAGGGAGAAAGGUUUAAUCACGAGAAAUGGAUGCUAAAGGAUUACAAGGAGAUGAUAAACUGAAGGUGCUUGUCAUUUUAAUAGCAUAUUUGCUAAGCAAGGUAAUUUGUGAGACUGGAGACUGCAGAGAACAAGAAUUUAGGGACCAGUCUGGAAACUGUAUCCUCUGCAAACAAUGUGGGCCUGGAAUGGAACUCUCAAAGGAAUGCGGCUUUGGAUACGGGGAGGAUGCACAGUGCAUGACAUGCAGGCCAAACAGAUUCAAGGAGGACUGGGGCUUUCAGAAGUGCAAGCCUUGUCUGGAUUGUGCAUUGGUUAACCGGUUUCAGAAGGCCAACUGCUCUGCCACCAGCAAUGCGCUGUGUGGGGACUGUUUACCAGGAUUUUAUAGGAAGACUAAGCUUGGAGGCUUUCAAGACAUGGAAUGUGUUCCUUGUGGUGAUCCUCCUCCUCCCUAUGAGCCUCACUGUACCACCAAGGUAAAUCUUGUGAAGAUCCCUUCAACUGCUUCCAGUCCUCGAGACACUGCUCUGGCAGCUGUUAUCUGCAGUGCACUUGCAACAGUGCUCUUGGCUCUUCUCAUCCUUUGUGUUAUCUAUUGCAAGAGGCAGUUCAUGGAGAAGAAACCAAGCUGGUCUCUGAGAUCACAGGACAUUCACUACAAUGGCUCUGAAUUAUCAUGUUUUGAUAGACCACGGCUAAGUGAAUAUGACCACAGAACAUGUUGCCAGUGCCAAAGAAGUACAUCACAGACAUGUGGACCAGUUCACUUGAUUCCCUCCCUGUGCUGUGAUGAAACCUGUAGCAUGGAGCACAGCAGUCACAGCUGUGCUUUCCACUCACAAACCACGCUCAAUGAAAGAGCUUCUGAUUCUGUUGGAGAAAUGAUUCCUGCUUUCCUUGGUUCUCUUUCACACUCUACUGGUGGAGACAUUCCAGAUGCUUGGCCUCUUAUGCAAAACUCAGCUUGUUGUGACAGCAUUUCUAUCUGUGAAUCAUAUUCAGAACUGACUGGAGGAUCUGCAAAAUCCUGCAGCCUUGAGACUGAAAAUGCACCCGCUGUUGAAUUGGAUAAUAACCAGGAACUAAGUGAAGUACUUAUUUCAGCUAAGUCUCUUGAUGGAAAUGGUGCAAAGUCCUUUGAAAUCUCUGAACACAGAACAUGCAGAGAAGCUUCAUCACUUCGGAACUCAGUGACUGCUGAAAGCCAGCCAGAGUGUAAUGGAACAACAAAUGACUCUACAGACUGAUAAAGAGGGACUGGAGUGAUUUCUCUCAGCUUAAAGCUGAAUGCUUCCUCUACACUCCCCUGCUGAUAUUCAUCAAACAUAGUCUGGUCUUCAGUGUUGCAUGGUUUUCAAACCAGCUGGAAAAAAACAGCAUCAUUUCACACCUUCUGAGCAGUUGUGUCUGAGCUGUAGCAGCUGGGAAGUUAAACUUCAAGGAGCAUCCUAUGAGGACCCUGAAAGUGGAUUUAUGACCUUUUCAAUCUCUUUCUAUUUCCUCAGAGUCUCAAAAUGUCUAAUGGAGUGAGCUUAAUAGUGUAUGUAAAUACAGCAAGAAAUAAAAAUACUUCAGUGUGUUUAGGGGGGUC